AUGAACUUCAAGGGGCUGUUAUCAUUGCUUUCAUUACUUUUAUUCUCGCAAUUAAUCGAGGCACAUAUUGCUUUGCUUCCACCAAGGGGUAAAGAAUGCUUUUACGAGAAUUUAAAGGCACAAGACGAAUUGGUGGUCACAUUUCAGGUUGGUGACAGAGAUGCAGAAGCAACAGAACAGUUGACUGCAGACUUUUGGAUCCAAGCUCCUUCUGGUAGAAUCAUGAGAUCAUUGAACGACCAAUCCCACGGUACAAUUCAAAUCAAGGCUGAAGAGAAUGGAAAGCAUACGUACUGUUUCUCGAAUGAGGAUUCAUCUAUGAAGACGAAGGAUGUUUCUUUCAACGUUCAUGGUGUCGUUUACGUUGAUGUUAACGAUAAUUCGGACGAUAACUUAGAAUCAAGUGCUAGAAAACUUCUUGAAUUAGUUUACGACGUGAAGAAUGAACAGAACUACAUCGUUGUUAGAGAAAGAACACACAGAAACACAGCCGAGUCUACGAAUUCUAGAGUGAAAUACUGGUCUGUUCUUCAGUUGAUCGUUGUUGUGUUGAACUCUAUCUUCCAAGUUUUGUACCUAAAGCGUUUCUUUGAAGUUAAGUCAGCAAUUUGA